AUGUCAUCUCGAGCAAAUAGGAAACGAAAAGACGGCCGGGCCUGCCACGAUCGUGUCCAUGUACGCAACCAUGACUGGAUGUCGCAGCGGCACAAGCUUAUCCGCGCAUAUCUGGAAUACCGAACCGGCAAGGUGCCGAUGGAGAGCGAUGAGCUGGAGCAGUGGGAUUUCAUUAUGGUUGACUUUUUUACGCCUGCAGACCGCAUCAAUCCCACCCUCCUCCGCCAUGGCUAUAUUGGGUGGGCACCACUGCGACCAUCAGUUGCCGUGUCCCUCGACGUUCUCGAGGCCUAUCGACAGCAGCAUCGCGUGUGCCCGAGGUUCGGUCUUCAAGCCCAAGUCAAGGCCCUAUGUCAUUUGCAUCAGGUCCCUUUCAACCGCUCCCUCGUCGAACAAAUGAACGUCGUGUUUGACGUCUAUCUUGACAUCUUGCAUGGUGUCGAUGUGCUUGUCAACGUGGCGCUCGCCCGCGACACGCCGAACUGGUGCAUGCUCAAUGCAUGUGCCCCGUGUUUGUACUCUCUCGAAGAAGAGGAACCCCUGAAGCCGAAGAUACUCACGUGCAUGGAUGGCAACCAGUCGCUGAAGCUGGUCGACGAAGCAUUCAGGGCUGGCACCACACGGAUCGACGAUCGAACGGCGCGGACGGACAUUUGGAUCUCCCCUGGGCAGGUCGAUCGGUUCAAAGAUGAGGCCGGCUCAAAGGCACCAGCGUCAUCGCUUGCAGAGGCUGAUGACAUCGAGCUGCCCGACGACAAUGAGGCGCUCGGUAGCUCAGUUGCCGUCUGCAUUGAACGGUGGAGAAACGCGGGUCCCGAGGCUCACAAAAAGAUGUUCUCACUCUUUGCAAUCACUGGGAUCUUCGCGUGUAUCUGUCGACACGGCCAGCUUCUCACCUGCUGCGAUAUGAUCCGCAGCGGCGAACUCAUGAAGUACCCCCUCGCGAUCGUCAACAAGCUGAUCGAGGUGUAUGGCGAAGACAUUGCCGUUGGCUACGACAUUGCAUGCGCGUUCUGGAAGACUCUCGAGCGGAGCUGCUUGGCUGAGCGGGCACGCUCUGCUCAUCUGCGCGGCGUUGUCUGCGCGUUCCAUGGAUACAGUCACAACUGCUGGUGCCAAUUGCACUGGCAUCCAAUGUACUUGGAGGGUGUGGGCAAGGAGGAUUUCGAAGGAUGCGAACGACUGUUCUCGGAGUCGAAUGCCCUCGCCGGGAACACACGUCUCGCCACCGCCUUCCACCGUGCUCAAGCAAUCAAACAGCACUUCGCAUUUUGGGGCGAGCAGAAGCACACCGAGUCAGGGAAGUUUCUAUACAACAACUACAAGCAAGCUCUCAAAAUCAUCAGCAACGAAACAAAGGUCUUCGAAGUCCUCGGGCGGCAGCUAGGAACCACCCCAGCUGACUACGAGAAGUACCUCGUCGAGGAACGUGCGUACCUCGAGGGAUUGAAGUCCGAACCACCUGAAGUCGCGCGAAGACUCGACUACAUUGAAGCGCUGAUGAUGCUGGCCGACACCGGGUAUCAGUGCACCGACGCAGACGUGAACAAAAUCCUUACGUUGUACAGGACACGAUAUGAACGAUACGAGGUGCUUGACCAGGGAGUUUGCCUCCUCGAGGAGGAGCUGUCGAUCGUGCAGUGUUGGUUGCCCCAAUCCCCGGAAUGGACAGCAGCCUGUGUCGUUGUUCAACGCCUUUUCGAGCUUACGAAGCUCAGGAUGAGCGGAAUAGGAUACAAGAUGCGAGAGAAGAUAGGCAAGGCUUUAAAGGCGCGGGCCGAAGCCAUCCGCAAGGCUCUUUCGGAGUACAAUCGCGUAGCUGCUCGUCUCACCCCGCCGCCUCCGUCACUCACCUGGCAUGAACUCAUGGAAAUGGCUACCCUGUCGGAAUUCGACUUAUUGCGCGACACUCGCCAGGACAUCCGUCGACUCCCGUGGGCUCAGCAUACGAAUCGCAAGGCGAUGGCCGCCUACUUCAACAUUAAAUGCGCACGCGAGGAGAUCCACCGCUGCAACAUCGAGAGCGCACGACUCUUCACCAACAUGGUCGACGAGCACGUAGACUUCGUUCGCGCGAUCGAGAAGACACGUCCAGUCGAUCCGGACCUUUCGCAAGAGCUAUCGAGACGUCACGCAUACCGCGACUGCAUCAACAGCAAGAUCGUUGCUAAGUUGUACGACAUGUCGAAGCUUCCUGGCUUCUCCGGUAAGCUAUAUUAUGGCAAGCACGUCGGUCGGGAUCCUGCCAACCUGGAGGAUAUUCCACUCCCUUCUUGGGUUAAAUACACAGCACCCGACACAGGCUCAGCAGCUGACGACGAAGAUGACGAUGGUAACGGCGAUGUUGAUGAGUCACCUAUUCCCGGUGUCGAGGGCUCUGAGAUGGCGGAUGCUUUGGUCGGGUACAUGGACGAGUUGGGCCGGUCUGUUAGUAGUUGA